ACAAACGGGGCUGGGCAAUCGAAGUUGGGACAAUUUACGGAGGUUUCUGUUACCGGAUAGUCGACGACAAUAAGGCUAUGUACACAGCUAAUAUGUGCGGAAUGCUAUUUUUGUGUCCUUUAGCGGAGUAAGGAGGCUUUCCAUGUCAAAAAAUAUUCUACUUUUACGAGGAGUUUGGUGUUUUUCGCGAGAGAAAUUGUAGCUUAACUGAAGAAAAUUGCCCUCCCUCUUCGAACUGAGGAUGAUUUUUGCUAAUACUGGAAACCCACUAAGGACUCCGUAUCGCAAACAGCCACCUGUUGCCUCAUCGUCACACCCCAUGGCUCCACCCAGCCCGAGCACCAACAGCACCAACAACAGCAGCAGCAGCAGCACUGCAGGCUGGGACCAGCUCAGCAAAACCAACCUCUACAUCCGAGGCCUGUCGCCUUCGACCACGGACCAUGACCUGGUCAAGCUCUGUCAGCCGUACGGCAAAAUUGUAUCAACAAAGGCCAUCCUGGACAAGACUACAAACAAAUGUAAAGGAUAUGGCUUUGUGGACUUCGACAGCCCCGCUGCAGCUCAGAAAGCCGUGGCUGCUCUAAAGACCACUGGUGUCCAAGCUCAGAUGGCAAAGCAACAAGAACAGGACCCGACAAACUUGUACAUCUCCAACUUGCCCGUGUCGAUGGAUGAGCAGGAACUGGAGAACAUGUUAAAGCACUUCGGCCAGGUCAUAUCUACACGCAUCUUGAGGGACUCCAGCGGCAACAGCAGAGGAGUGGGCUUUGCAAGGAUGGAGUCAACUGAAAAAUGUGACGCAGUCAUUUCUCACUUCAAUGGAAAGUUUAUUAAAACACCUGCAGGUGUUCCGGCACCAUCUGAACCUUUGCUGUGCAAGUUUGCUGAUGGUGGACAGAAAAAGCGACAAAGUCAGAAUAAAUUUGCCCUGAAUGGUCGCGGUUGGGGAAGGGACAGUGACUCCAGACUGGCUGGAAUGACACUCACGUAUGACCCCAAUGCAGCUGCUAUGCAAAAUGGAUUUUUCCCACCAGCAUACAGUAUUUCAAACAGGAUGAUUGCUCAAGCAUCCAUGUCUCCUUACAUGUCUCCGGUUUCAACGUACCAGGUGCAGAACCCAUCCUGGGUGCCUCAUCAACCCUACAUCAUGCAGCACCCAGGUACUGUGAUAUCGCCCUCUAUGGACCCAUCUCUGUCACUACAGCCUACUUCCAUGAUGGCACCUCUUGCACAGCAGAUGAGUCACCUCUCUCUGGGCAGUGCAGGAACGUUUAUGGCCGCCAACACAGCUAUGCAAGGAGGAUAUAUCCCACAGUAUGCACACAUGCAGACAUCAAAUGUUCCUGUAGAGGAAAAUGGUGCACAGUCACAAGUGGACUCUUCCGGCAAUCAUUCCCCAUAUUCCUACCAACAAACCAAGUAGUGCUGAGGCAACAUCGGGACGACAGCUACAACAAUCAUGUCUACAAAUGCAACAGAUGCUGAGGAUCUUUUCACUGUUUUGCACAGGUUCUGCAAAUGUUUAAGUGAGAGUAUUUUUGGUAUCAUUUUCAGAGAGAAUAUCUGAGCUCAUCAAGUGAUUCAAAUUAUAUUAAAAAAAAAGAAAAAAGAUUUGAAAAAGUUUUAUUUUCAUACUAGAAAACGUUUUAUUUUUUACCGAGGAUUGCCACAGGAUGCGAGGAAGAAUCACGUGACUAGUUGUUCGAAGUGCAUGACAGUAAAUAUGUUUUGUUAAUACUUCCAUUUCCUUUUCCGAAGACUUUUUUUCAGCCAGACAUUUUGAAAGUGAUGUUUUUGUGCUUGCUGUGUGAGUGUUGCUAUGGUGAAGUGUUACGUGUUGUUUUCUUGUAAAGUGAUUUCUCUUAGUACUUUAGAUUGAUCUUGCUGUCUGAUUCGAAUUUGCCUUCAUAGUUUUGAUACAGAAGUUGUACAGACCACCACAGAGAGCAGCAAUAAGCAAAUAAUUUAGAGAGCUAUUGCCUUGGAAAUGAGCUAUGUCAGACUUUUUCUAAUGAAGUCAAGGUGUUAUUGCUUUUUCCCCUCCCAAAACUGAUAGACAAGUAGAAGAUAUUUAGAGAAAACCGGAAAACGACUCCACAUCUGAUGAUUUUAUUGGAUGUAAUAUUUAUUUAGUAAGAAGACCUUACAUGUUUCUGGAUGUUGGAAUGUGUUACCUUUUGAAUCUUGCCUUUUUGAUUACUUGGUAUAGUAGAAUAGCUGAAAUUGAACUUGGCAGGGCGGGGGAAUGGGCGGGGCAAAUGUGUUUUGUUUGUCGGUCAUCUUUUUGUCUUUCGGGGUAAUGUUAAUUGUUAUUUUCAUGGGAUGUCUCUUUUUUCACUUUUAUUUGAAAAAAAAAAACUAACAGGAAAACACAGACUUAUGAUUGUGCAAAAAAAAACCUCAUCAAAGCCUUUUAAUAGAACUUUGGCAGAAGUUCAGCAAGUUUGAGGGCAACAUGAGAUGAAUAUGUGUAUUUUAUUGCACCUCGCUCUUUGAUAGGAAACAGACAGGCACUUUCAAUCGUAGUUUACUUCACCAAAGAUUGUGAGCUAAUACACUGAGGAAAAUCAUUUGUCUCUGUAACCAGGAUACAAGUGACUCUGCAAACUAGACUGCAGUUUGGACAGUGUGCCUUUUUUUGUACAACUAUUAUUACAUACAGUUUUCAUAUGUAAUUGUACAGUACGGACACACAUGAGCAUGAAGGAAGGCCUGGAUCCAACAAGUGCCACAAAUUAAUUUCAUACUUAAAAAUGCAACAUUAUAGUUAGGAUUAAGUCGAAGGGACAGGUCACCCCAAAAUCAAAAACACUUUUUUUCCUGUAGUGCUUUUGAGAUUGUUUUGGUGUUGCCAAGUGUUGGUGAUAUUGGUUGUAAAGAUGGCCGCCUUCUGUUGAAUAUAAUGGAACUAGAUGACACUAGUGACAAAUGUCGCUUUCCAGAAAUCAUGACCCUGUUACUCAAGAUUAUCCACAGACCAUGUUGUAGGAACUAUUCUCUUUCUACCGAACUACAAUUGCCAACCGUAUCACUGUGCAGAAGAAAGCAUGCAUCUACUGCUAGCUCACCUAGCACCACUGAGCUAGCUAACGUUACAGCUCAGCCAAGGAGGACGUC